UCUCUCUCUCUCUCCAAAAUAAAAACCUGCGAGGAAAAUGUGAAGACCCCAGCGGCAGCAGCAACCCACUGGGAUACUGAUCGGCGCCGGUGUCUUGUAGCCCCGCGCCGCGAGCCCCCCACUCCGUCCAUCUUCUUCAACUAGUGGCAGAGCGGCCGCAACCGCUCACCCACCACUCCUUCCCCCUCAAUUUCUCGCAUUCAUAGCGCCUCUCCCCCCGUCCGUUGGAGAGCGACGCACCAAGCGGCAGGAGGAGACGGAGCAGCACCAGCACAGGCAGCGGCAGCGGCGCAGCAAUGCAGGGCUCCAAGACCAAAUCUGGCUCGGCCGAGGCGAAGAGCAACGGCAAGCCGGAGAAGGAGAAGAAGGGCGGCGCCGGCACGCCGCCGACGCCCAAGGACAGCAAGCCCCGCAAGCCGGCCGUGCCCAAGGCGAGCGCCGCCCAUGGCACGCCGCGCGCAGCUGACAAGUCCCCCGGGUCGGCCGACCGCAAGGCGCCCACGCCCAAGGCCUCUUCCCGGCUCGCCACGCCUCCAGAGAAGCAAGGGAAGCCCGCGAAGCCCGCGCAGGAGCAGCAGGCCGUGAAGUCUCCUCAGGAGCUGCAGGGGCAGCUUGCCGCGGUUCAGGAGGAGCUCGUGAAGGCCAAGGAGCAGUUGGUGGAGAAGGAGAAGGAGAAGGGGAAAGUCCUCGAGGAGCUGGAGCGUGCCAAGAAGGUGGCUGAUGAGGCCAAUGCCAAGCUGCAGGAGGCGCUGGAUGCGCAGAGGAAGGCCGCGGAGGCAUCGGAGGCUGAGAAAUUCCCUGCUGGCCAGUCAGAGCAGACGAGCAUCGAGUCUGUGCAGAGGAAGCUGGGGAGCAUGCAGAGCCAGCAGGAAGCUGAUGCUGCCGCGCUGCGGUCGACGGUAGAGCAGCUUGAGAAGGCUAGGUAUGAGCUGGCCGAUGCAAUCGAUGCCAAGAACGAAGCGCUCAGCCAGGUAGAUGAUGCCAUUAGGGCCUCUGCGGCGAAGGCUGAGGAAGUUGAGCUCCUCACUGCAGAGGUUAAGCGCCUCAAAGAGCUGGUUGAUUCCAAGCUGGAUGGCAAGGCAAAGAAGACUGCCAAUAGGAUUCAGAAGCUUGAAACAGAGAACUCUGCAUUAAAGCUUGAGCUUGAGAAAGCAAAGCCUGCUGAAGAGAAAGCGGUUCAAUUGGAGCGUGUGGUUGAAGAACUUAAGAUUGACAUUGCUGAUGCUAAGAAGGCAGGCUCAAAGUCAGGCGAAUUAGCUGAUGAAUGGCAGAAGAAGGCACAGCUGCUCGAGGUCAGGUUGGAAGAAGCCGAUCAGUCUAACAUUUUGAAGGGCGAGUCUUUGAAUUCAGCUAUGGAAGAACUGGAUGCAGCAAGUAGUAUGCUCCGUGAGAAAGAAUCCAAAGUUGCUGCUCUUCAGGACAAGGUCAGGUUCUUGGAGGAUGAGGUUACUAGACAGAAGGGGGAUAUUGAUGAUUCGGGCAAACGGCUAACUGCUGCAGAGAAAGAGGCAGCUGAUUUAUGGGCGGAGGUCGAAGCACUUAGAUUGAAGCUCCGUGCAACGGAAGAAGAGAAAAUGGAUGCUCUGAACAGUGAUAAAAAUGCUAGUUCAGAAAUAGAGACCCUGACUGAACAGAAGAACCAGCUGGCUGAGGAGCUUGAAGCUAGCAAAGAUGAAGUUGAGAAGGUUAAGAAGGCAAUGGAAGGUCUGGCCUCGGCCUUACAGGAAAUGUCAGCUGAAUCUAGAGAAGCGCAGGAGAAGUACCUUCUCAAACAAGAUGAGAUUGAGCGUGCUCAAGCACAAGUAGAGGAACUUAACAUGAGUCUGAAGAAUACAAAGGAGAAUUAUGAGGUAAUGCUUGAUGAAGCAAACUAUGAGAAGGUUUGCCUUACAAAGUCAAUUGAAAGACUAGAAGCAGAAGCUAAGAAUGCGCACGAGGAAUGGCAGUCCAAGGAGCUAAGUUUUGUCAAUUCUAUUAAGAAUGCAGAAGAAGAAAUAGUCGCUAUCAGGGUUCAGAUGGAUAGGACCAUGGAGGAGGUUAAGGACAAGGAAAAUGAAAAUGCUGAGUUGCUGGAGAAGAUGCAGCACCUUGAAGCUCAGCUAACAGAAGCUAACAGAAUCAAAGAGGAAGCCAAGGCUGAAACUAUCCAAUGGAAGGAGAAGCUAUUAGACAAAGAGAAUGAGCUGCAGAACAUAAAACAGGAGAAUGAUGAUUUACAGGCAAAGGAAUCAGCUUCGUCUGAGAAGAUUAAGGAGCUCUCUUCCCAGCUUGCUAAUGCAAAAGAUGGCACAAUAAAUGGUAGCACCAAGGAAGAAGAUAAUGAGAAGGGGGGCAGUGAAGAGGACGAUGAACCUGUUGUAGUAGUUGCGAAAAUGUGGGAAAACAGCAAGUACACUGACUAUGACUCGUCUAAGGAGAAGGAGAAUGACGGCGACUCACAAAUUGAUUUGGAAUCAAACAAGGGAGAUGCAGCUCUUGACAGCAACGGGCUGCACUCGACGAAGGAGAACAGUGGCAGCACAUCACCAACCAAGCAGCAGCAACAGCAAAAGAAGAAGCCUUUGCUGAAGAGAUUUGGUGGUUUGCUGAAGAAGAAAAGCGAAAAUUAGCAUAAAACCAUUUCAUGAUAUUCUUUGUUCUAUGCUAUGUGACACUAGCCAUCUAGUUUCUAUCUCCCACCAUGAUAUAGUAAAGCAAAUGAUGGUUCAAAGGAUACAAAAUGUCGUUUGUAUUUACAACCCCUGAGUUCAUGUCUUACAUUUUGUAUUAUUGAGAUCAUUCGUUUUCUAGCUCUUGUAAUUGUUCAUAUAUGCUCUGUUAAUGUAGCUGCCUAUGGCAACAGAAUGCUUUAUGAAAAUGGUGACCACCAUGUUCCUGAGCUGACAUCACAGAGUGAUGAUAGUUACGGGUCAUGAUGGAUUAUUGGA